CCCCCUCUCCUCCAUUUGCAGUCGCUCCUAGAAAGAAGGCUGCUGUGAAGGGGGGCGCACAAGGAGAUAAUGGGGGGGGGCGUUUCAGGGGUGUGAUCUAGCACAGAUAGGUGCCUGCGCUGCUGGGGCGGACAGGGGCGGGGGCUGGAGGGAGCCUGUGCGUCAGCGGACAGAGGGCCGUGGGACGCGGCCCCAGGGGUGCUCCGUGGGAAUGGGACCCGAGGGAUCUGACGCCUCUGGAAGCAAGAGUCCCGCGGAUGAGGGAGCGGGAGGGGAGGCUGCCUGCCUGAGGCUGGGGUGGGUGCUGGGAAGGCUGCGGCGCCAGGCAGAGAUGCUGGGAGGGGGCUCUGCUGCGGGAAGGGGAGAGGAGGACCCAGCUGCGCAGCCGGGCUGCUCCGUGGAGGCUGCAUGUCCGUUGCAAUUAGAAAGUUGUGGAAGGUGCCCAGAGGCUGCGUUAUCUGCUGAGUAAUCUGCUUCCCCGCCGUGCUGGAUCAAAAGCUUCCUGAGCCUGAGCAGGCGGCUCUGCAAGCUGGGCUGCAGCCUGGUGCCUCGGAAGAGGUUGCGGACAAGUCCCUGCCCCUUUCCCUGUCCCCUGUGGGCUGGAGCGGACCUCCCGGCCUGCCCGCACUAUCUCCAGGCCUUCCCGCAGCUCCCCUCCCGCACCAGGAAGUAGUUUGGGUGGCGCCGGCUCGUCCUUUCUUGGCUGGUGGGAACCUCGCCCGGCAGAGGAAGCCAGGAGGGCUCAGCCUCCCAGCCCAGCGCCCAUGAGUGCCCGGGCGCCCAAGGAGCUGAGGCUGGCGCUGCCGCCCUGCCUCCUCAACCGGACCUUGGCCGCCCCCAGCGCCAGUGGCGGCCGCAACGCGAGCACUCGCGGCCCGGGCGGCACCUGCAUCACGCAGGUGGGACAGCAGCUCUUCCAGUCCUUCUCCUCCACGCUGGUGCUGAUUGUGCUGGUCACCCUCAUCUUCUGCCUCAUCGUGCUGUCCCUGUCCACCUUCCACAUCCACAAGAGGAGGAUGAAGAAGCGGAAGAUGCAGAGGGCUCAGGAGGAAUAUGAGCGGGAUCACUGCAGCAGCGGCUGCGGAGGCAGGGGGCUGCCAAGGGCUGGGGGCCAGGCCCCAGCCCAGGCAAGAGAAACCCGGCUGGAGAGGCAGCCCCGGGACUCGGCCUUCUUCGCCCCCUCCAAUGCUGACGCCGCCUCUUCUCCCCCAAGCCUCCCGAGCCAGGGCCCCUGUCCUCCUCCGCCUGCUGCCCCCAGUCCCCACGGAGCACACACAGCCUCCUCCUGUUUGGACACACCUGGCGAGGGCCUUUUGCAAACGGUGGUACUUUCCUGAUUGUCCAGCUCCCCUUCUCUCUCCUUCUCCCUCCUCGGCAUCUCUGCCAUCCUCGCUUCCCCCUCCAUCCUUCAGCUCCACUUUCCUCUGGCCUCUUUUUCCUCUUCCUUCUUUCCUUAUCCACCCUAUCCUUACUGUUUAUCCUUCGCCGAGGCACUGUGCGGUAUUUGUAAAUAUUGGGCGAGGAAAGUCUCGGAAGAAGAAAUCAUGCUGACAAUAAUUUAUUAUUAAUAUUUAUAGUAAUUAUUAUAAUACUAAUAACAAUCCAAGCGCAUGACAAAUCACAUAAUUUAUCAUUGUCAAUGAAGGAUGCGUCUUCCCUCCCCACCCUGUGACCCCCUCAUAAAGGAGGAGAAACCGCUUAAGCUACCAAAUAUAUAAAAGGCAUUGAUCCCCGGAGCAAAGGGAGUGGAGGGCCCAGUGUGUUGUACAUAGCUGUCAAGUUAAGGGUCAGUUACUUUCCUCCCCCGCCCCUCUCCCACACCUCAAAAUGUUCAUUUCCCCUUCAGCUCUCUUCCCCAACCCAUUCACACUGUUGGCUCGGCUCACCUUUAACCGGGCUCAGGCAAUAGAAUAUUCAUAGGAGAACGUUGGCAUUUAGUACUAGGAAUACAAGAGGCUACAAAGACAGUCCCAGAAAGAAUGUUGAUGAUAAGUACAGCUCUCCAGUCAGCUCUCUUCUUGCCUCCCUUUUCCAGGACUAGGCAUUUUAGUUUACUUUUAGAAGUGACCCUCGCUGGCCGAGCAUAAGAACAUUAAGAUACCUAAAUGAGCUAUAAUAAUAUGACAAAGUAUCUACUGCUUUAGCUCCUCGCCCUGCCCGCCCCCACCUGUGCUCCCAUGAAGCAUUUUCAGGAUUCUAAGGACCCCGGGAGCUGUCCAGCUAGGUCUGGUGCUGAAACCGCCUCAAGGAACUGGUUACUUUCUAUGCUUGCGCAGGCUGAGGAGGGGCUGUUUUGAAAAGUGACAAUUCUAGCUUUGUCUUGGUUUCUUUUUCUACAAUCGGGUUUGUGUGUACUAUUGGUUUUCUUAUUAAACAUUGCAUAAGUUACCUUUUUUUUUUUUGUAAAAACAAAAAGUAUUAGGUAAUGUGCAUUACUGAAAGUGCAGUAUCUAACCAAUCAGAAUGUUGGUUUCAUUUUUAGAACAAGUGCACCUUUGUUAUAUACUUAUCACUUUGGUACCAAAUACAGAAGCAAACUACAGUUCUGUACUCUGUCCUCCACACUGUAUAUUCUUGUUCUUGAUUUCCAGCUGUUGAUAUAAUGGUCGCCACUGGAUGAAAAUUCAGCGGUGCAGGCCUGGCUUCUGCUGUUUUCAGAAGUGUUCUUUUUGUACCGUACUCUGUAGUAGACUGUUAUAAAAAAGAUUACACAAUGUUUCUUUUUUCUUUUGUGGAUACCAGAUAACAACCACCACAACAGAAACAAAUAAUGGAUGUGCAGGAAUGCCAUCUAUUAAACCAUGAUUCAUAUUUAAACAGUGCCUACUGUAGUCCUCCCUGCAUACGAUUACCACUCGGAAGCAGUGGUGUGUGGCUUGCUUGUACUGUAUGUGUUUGGAGGCGAGACUGCUGGGGGGAUGUUGGGCAAUUUGGAUGGCAGGAAAUGCAACUUUCAGGAAAAGUUAAAUCCCAUAGCUACUUUUAGGUGAAAAAUGUCGGAAGUGUGUGUCUUUAGAAUCCAUCUGAGGUACAGCAAGGUAGGGAUUCUUUUUCACCUGGCAUCUGGCUUAUUUCACCAAAUAAAAACAUGAAGAAAAGCCAAGAAAAAAGAAAGGGAAAAACACUUUUUCUUUCCUAAUGUCAGACAAGUUCAUCUAAGUUAGAAAUGGAGUGUAUGGUUGUUUACUACUUCGUUAUGCUUGGAUUGAGAAUAGAAAGAGCCAGAAGCAUAUAAUAAUCUUAGUUAUAUGCAGUGCUUUCCUUUCUUGGGGACUAAUUAAUUGACAGCUUUUCAAACAUUUGGAAAAUGUGUGAAUGAGAAUGUUCUGCAAAAACCCCAACACAAUCUUUGCUAGUCUGCGGGGUGUGCAGCAACAAUGGCCCCAGGUGCACCCCUUCCCAAGUGACUCGUAGUUCUAGGUCUGUGUCUUGGUUCUAAGUAUAUGUGCUCUUGUCUAUAGAAAAUAUGAGCUCUAAGGUGUUUGGUCGUAUAUCCGGUUGUCCAAGCUCAGUCUUCUUGGUCAGUCUUUCAUAAAAAGUAAUUUAGUAAAUUUAGUUUUAAUCACCCAUUAGAUGAUUAGUACUGAUACUGGUCUUUUCCUGAAGCACAGAGGAUUAUUACCUAGGCAGACCAGGUAUAAUCUUUGGGCACAACAUACUAAACAAUGAACCAGAUGUUCUCCAGUGCCUUAGUCACUUCCUAGUAAUAUGUAAAAGAGUGUAUUAACUCCCUCAGGCCACUAGGGAAUUGCUUUUAGUGCAUCAGUCUUUCUUUGUGCAUCAGAAUGACUAAGGCACUGCGCAGAAGAAAGUCCAUUAAUUUUUGUAACUCAUCCUCAUCCAGUUGUAGCUCUUUAAUAUGUUCUUACAAAAAUGACUCUCAGACUUGAAAUUUGAAUAAAAUGAAGAAUUCAGAAGGGAGCUUUCUCAUUUCCAAUGAGUUCAACUAAGUGCAUGGAUAUUACUUUCGUGCCCCCUUGUUUGAUGCAGUUUUUACAGUGAAUAAUUUCCCAUUAUAGUAGAGCAAUAAGAUGUUCUAUUGUAAGCAGUGUGGAUGAUGUUUCCAUUUUAUUGGUGCUGAAGCUACUCAUACAUUCUUGCCUUAUGAAUCAGUGUAUUCAAGGCAUGCAAUAAAAUCCUUGUCCAAGAUGCAGUCUGUAUACUCUGGGGGGUAAUUAUGAAAUUUUCACAUAUUCUUUUCCCCAUAAGGAAUACAGAAGGAGAAACAACAUCAUUACUUAUAUUUACAAAAGAUCUUGACACCUCUAAACAUGAGCACACACUCAUACUAUGAUUUCAUUGUGCAUCUUUAAAUGCACAUACCUUUCUCCAUUAACUAUGUUUAUAUAUUUUAAAUAGUUGUUUGUGUAAAGACACUAUCGUUUUUGAAUCAAAUUCAGUGUUGAGUUUAAUAUACUCAGAACACUUAGCUUCCAGUGGUGUCAUUUGAGCAUUCUAUGACAAAGUUACAUGAAAUGCGGGUAAGAAUCCACACCAAAUUGUUACAAUAAGCAUAUAACAGUAUUUCACGCAGACCCCGUUUAAAACAUUGAUUCUUUAGAGGUUGGUGGAUGGCCUCAGGAGUUUUGGAUGCAACCAACAGGGCAAUUUGAAUUUGAUUUAUUAUGAAACAAAAGGUAAUCUGGAAAUAUUUAACUUUAAGGUUGUUAUACACGGAUGUCCCAUCAGAUUAAUUGCUCCAAAUCCUUGUAGCUACAGCUCCACUCCUGCACUUACUACUCAGUAUUAGUAGAGUAGCAUGCUUGAUUCUUUUUUUUUUUAAUGAAAAUGUUGGAGAGAAUACCAUUAUAUCAACUGUAUGGGACUCUGAAUCUUAAAGUCAUAGAUGGUUGUAAUCUUCCUUAGACUUUAUAUAUACCCAUAAAUAUGUAUUUAUAUAUGCAUACAUUUUGUACAAAUUUACAAUGAACUUUUUGUAUUCUCUUUGUCAUUACAAGAAUGAGUGAAAACCAAAUAGUUCUUCCUUUUUCUUAUCUGAAGAAGAUACAGAGAAGUCAGGUUUCUGCAUGUACUCACUUCUCUGUCAUCAAGUCUGAACAACUUUCUCUUUAUUUAAUGAAAGGGGAGAGUCCUGGUUGGCUUAGAUAAUUGGUAAUUAGAUAAGCUUCCUUUCUUAGAGACUCAAAUGUAGUGAUGAUACUGAAUUUAUGACUAUAUCUCUGUGGUCUAAAUAUCCAGACAGAGAAGAGAUUGUAGGAUCAUCUACACCAUAUACCUGAAUUGUGACCUCAAUUUAUUUUUCAUUUUCUCUGUGUAUGUUGUGUAUGUGAAGAUAUAGCCUGUAUCUGCAUAGCUAAAGGUAAUUUGAAAAUAUGAUCAUUACCUGCUUAUGUAAUACAUAGUUUUUGCAAAAUAUGGGUAAAUUAGCUUUUAAAACUUGGGUAUCUGAUGUUUCCACUAUUUAUAUCUAUAUCAAUUAAAUUAAUUAGCUAAUUAUUACAAUUCCAUUUUUUCCAUUGUGAAGACAUAUACUUUUCUGUAGAUUACAGUUGAACAGUUGAUAGUUGGUAGUAUGUGGAAGGUAUAGAUUAAACCAGAGCCAGAAGCUUUAAUCUGGUCAGACUCCUCAGGUCCAUUUCUACAAGAAUCUGGUAUUCAAAUGUGAAUCUACAAAGUCACUUAUGGGGAUCAUCUUAUUUUGGAACCAGUGACUGUGACUCAUAAAUGUUUUAGUUCACAAGAAUGAAUUGACCUGUCUAUGGGGAGGGAGUAGCUAGUCGUUGGAUUGAGCAUAAAUCUGAUUUGGUGUCUUAUUUAUUUGAUAACAUUUGAGGAACAGCUUCAAUGGUUUGGCAUCAAUACUUACUAAUGUCACCAACCUAAUAAUACAGUUGAUGCCAUAUAAGAAUAAGAAUCUAAUUGCAUUUAGUUGGAAACAUGUCUUAUUAAGGUGGUUUGAGGCAAAGCUAUUCCAUGACACUAGUGAUUUCACUGGUUUGUUUCAUAAAGAGAUUAAAAAAAAAUAGUGACAAUGACAAGGAGAGUAGAGAAACUGAUUUUUGCAUUCGUAUUUAUCCAACAGGCAGAAUAAAACAAAUAUUAGAAUUUGUGGAAAAUUGUUUGCUUUUCUAUCAAUAAAAGAGCCUUCUUGU